CCGUGGCGGCUGCCGCCGUGCUGUAUGCUGCAGUAGUAUAUUUGUUUUUCUAUCCCCGUACUUGUACGUCUCAUUUUUAUGCGUCAAAAGACACCGUCUCGGGUCAUGCACAACACUUCGUCCGCCUGGUCUAUCUAAGAAGAGUGUAACUCGGACGACCAGUACUCGGUAGGGUCCGGCGUUAUGCGCACCAGGAGAACUGCUUUCUUGCAAGGUCUCUGAUGAGGCCUACCUGUUAAAGCUCACCCCCUCCUCCCCGCAAGAAUAUCACCGUGAUGGCUGAUGAUCAACAACAACCUGGUCAACUGCAGAAUCCUAUCCCCGGAUUGGGUUCCCUUCCUACCGUAGUGUCAGGUCUACAAGGCCCCGAGGCAACUGCGCUACAGUACAACAAGAUAAAGAAUUCAAUUUGCAAAUCUGUACAAUCAAAAGUGGACAGCAUUUUGCAAGAUGUUGAGAAGUUUACAGACAUUGAAAAACUCUACCUCUACCUUAAGUUGCCUUCUGGUCCCAGCAGUGGUAAUGACAAAAGGACUGAAAAUCAGAGGGGGUCUGCAAGUCCUGCAACAUGUGACCAGAAUUCUAUGUCGUCCAGCCGGACCCAACAGAUGUACGCUUUCAACUGGAUCCGAAAUCACCUAGAAGAACAUCCUGAGACCUCACUGCCGAAACAAGAGGUGUAUGAUGAGUACAAGAGCUACUGUGACAAUCUUGGCUACCAUCCUCUAAGUGCUGCUGAUUUUGGAAAGAUAAUGAAAAAUGUGUUUCCAAAUAUGAAGGCACGCCGUCUUGGAAUGCGAGGAAAAUCUAAAUACUGUUAUAGCGGGCUGAGGAAGAAAGCCUUUGUGCAUAUGCCAUCUUUACCUAACCUGGACCUGCAUAAAUCAGGGGAUGGGUGUGAGCUGUUGGAGCCAGCAGGACAGUCGCCUAGUGCUGAGGAUGAAAUGCGUUCUGCAGCCUGUGGCCUAGUGUGUGAAUGGGCCCAGAAAGUCCUUAGCCGUCAGUUUGACAGCGUGGAGGAGCUAGCCCGGUUUCUGCUCAACAGCCAUUACAUUGGCACUAAGUCAGUGGCUGCCCUUACUGUUAUGACGGGGACCCCAACAGGUGUGAAAACACCUACUCCAGCCUCUGCCUUUGUGCCAACUGGUGAGGCCAACUCCUUUCAGCCGCAAGUGAAGACUCUCCCUUCACCCUCAGUUGAUGCCAAGCAGCAGCUACAGCGAAAGAUCCAGAAGAAACAGCAGGAACAGAAACUUACUUCUCCACUGCCCAGUGACGCCCAAGCCAGACGAGCUGAGGCAGGAACGCCAGGCCCUGGCUCUAGUAUCACCUCUGGAAGUCCAGCUUUGCUGUCCCCACAACCCACAAUAGGCAUUGUUGUGGCUGCAGUGCCGAGCCCCAUCACGGUCCAAAGGAAUAGACAGUUGAUGACAUCUCCAAGUCCAGUUGCAGCAGCAGAGGGAAAAGUUCUACCAGUGAAUUUUCAAGUAGUUACCCAGCCUGUUAAGCAGGCUCCUAAAACUCCUCAGAAUGUUCCUGCCAGUCCAGUUGGUGACAGGUUAGCCAGACACCGAUAUGCCCAGAUCCUACCUAAACCCUCUGCUACAAGUGCCAUCACUAUUCGUUCCCCCCCAACGCUUCUUAUUACUAACAGUCCUAUCAAAACAGUGAUGCCCACUCCUCACGUGAGUUCAGUGAAUGUUGUUAAGAUGACCACUAUAUCAUUAACACCUAACAGUAACAGUGGCACCAGCACUCCAACACCAUUACGACCUGCUUCAGCUGGUAUUAGUAGCACUGCUUCCCAGGAAGAGCCUAACCCAAUUCAGCAAGCUCAGAAUGGCACCUCAGCUACUCUUCAGUCAUCCGGAGUUGGAAGGCUUGGUCGCCCUCCCACAACCCCAGUUGUUCCUGCUUCCUCUACUUGUGAAAUCAAAGUAACAUCCGAAGCUGUGAAUGACAGUAACUCAACUGCCGGUGCUGAUAGGCAAAGUGCUGCACCAGGGACUAAUGCUGGGCAAAGGAAUGAGAGGGCCACUAAAUAUAGGGCUUCCAGUGAACCUUCUCUUCUUGUCAAGGCAUCCCCAGUGCCUGAAAGAGUUACUAGGGCCAAAAGUGACUCUGCUACACCUCCAAGUACAAUCAUAGGGGCAGUUGCCUCAAGCAGCAAUAACAGUAGUGAUCGUUUGGAGAGUACUUUGUAUCUGACCGUAAUGAAUCAGAAUGCUGAUGUUGGACUGUCGUCCAAUGGUGCAGUUUCUCCCACUGGCCAAUCACAAAAAGAUUCUUGUCUUGGUCCAAAAAGUCCUCGAAAACGUUCUGCUUCUGUUUUGGAGACACAUGCAAUUCCAGUUAAAAGGGUUUUCAUUUCUCAGCAACCUUUGGAUGCCAGCAACAAUCUUAAACCUGGUCUUGUUAUAGCUGCAAAAAAGAUACAGAGGCCAGGAACUCCUGCAAGACCGGAGAGUGCUCCGUGCAAAGUGACCCUGAAACAGAGCAGUACUCUUCCAACACAAAUCCUGGCACUUUCUGACACUCCCAUUGGAAACACUUCUCAGACUAUUGUGACUCCUCAAAGCUCAUCACAAAUUGAGCAUGAGCACAGCUCUGCUGGAAUAAGUCCAACUGGUAUAGCCUCUUGUAAUAGCACAGCAACUGAUCAAACUUUAUUGCAACAAAUUGCGAGCCACCAAGUCACCACUGCCAUUUCUCAGGAGGCAGCUGCCGUGAGUGAGCUGAAGAGCUCAUUACAAGACUACUCUCAACAAAUACAGGCAGAACAAAAGCAGGUAACAGCAAGCCAUCUGCCAUUGAUGGCCCAAGCUCCUGAAGCAUCUGCUCAGUUGACCCUCCAGCAAGACAUCGUUGAUUUUGAUGGUGCUCAAGCUAGCAUGGACUAUUUCCCCUUCAAUGAUGAUGACAUGACACAGGAUAGCAUAGUGGAAGAGCUUGUGCAGAUGGAGGAGCAAAUGAAGCUCAAUAGUAGUCUACAGCCCUAUCUUAGUUCCCUUGAUAUACCCUUACAAGGCCAAUCAGUUGCUCAAAGCAAUAUCCUUUCUCCCCACCAAACCGGUAAUCAGUUCUACCACUCUGCACAUAGUAGCACCACUCCAGUUCACACUCCCACACCUACACCAACUCCAACACCGACUCCAACCCCUACCUCUGAAAUGUUGCCAGGGGGCCACAGCUUGACCAGGGAGAGUCCUUGUUCCAGAAUGGCACCUAUUACCCCAGUUGAUGGCAUUUUAGGUGGACGACAUACACCUAUUAGCACACCGUUGUCCAAUUGUAGCAGUAGCGUUCCAGCAAGUCCUGUAGAGUGUCGUAAUCCCUUUGCAUUUACUCCCAUUAACUCCAACAUACCAGGUUACCAUGAUGGUAGUGUAGUGUCCAGUAGCCCAGUCAAGCCCAUGCAAAGACCUAUGGCAACACAUCCAGACAAAGCUAAACUUGACUGGAUCAACAACAGAUAUAACAGUGCUUCGAGUUCUCCAUCAAUUUCAAACAAUAAUGCUAUUGGAAUCCUUCCAAGCUACCAGGACCUGGUUGAGGACCACUUCCGUAAACCACAUGCAUUCGCCAAACCAGGUCAGUCUUUUCAGUCUCAAUCCAGGCAGGAUGCGCACUUGGGUCGACUAACUACUGUGUCACCAGUUCAACAAGGACUGCAGACUGUUGAAAGUAAGCAAGAAAGUUUUGCAGUGCCAGCACCAUUAGACAACAAAGCAGCAGGGUGCACCUCUGGAAAUGGAGGUGGAACUUUCAGAUGUCGCAGUGUAAGCCCUGCUGUGCGGCAGCGCAAUCUUAGUGGUACAACUGUGCAAACCAGCCUUCCCCCAAGGUCUGCUGUUUCACCUUUCAAUUCCCCCUUGACCUCAGAAGUUCUUGGCAUUCUUUCUAACACCCAGUCAGUGGUCACUGCCAACAGCAUGGCCCAAAGGAGCCAGUCAGUACCACUAAAUAUCAUGAUGCAGUCUGAGAUGUUGCCUAUUGGCCACCAGGGGCAACAGAGCAACAGCGCCAAGAUUACCAGUGUGCUACUGAGCAAGAUGGAUGCGGGUGGGGAUGACACAGUGCGUGGGCUUGGUGUCAAUAACAUGCCUUCCAAUUACACAGCUCGGAUGAAUCUGACACAGAUUCUGGAAACUACGCAGGCUUUUCCUGGAAGUAGUAACCAUCAGACUCAGCAGCUCCCUGUCUGCUCGAGCCCUUCACCAUAUGACUUCCAGAAGCCUGGUUACCUCAUAACCACUGGGGCCGACAAGAUCACUUUCUCCAGUGAUGGGCAAGCACAAUCAGGCCCUGGGCUGCAGCAACAAGAGGAGCAGCUUCAGCUACAGGAUCAACAGUUAGAUCUACAGGAUCAGCAACUGUUGCAAGAUCAGCAGCUGCAGCUCCAGGAUCAGCAGCUGCAGAUCCAGGAUCAGCAGUUGCAGCUCCAAGAGCAACAGUUGGAAUUACAAGACCAGCAAUUACAACUGCAGGACCAGCAAUUACAACUGCAGGACCAACCGUUGCAACUGCAGGACCAUCAACAGCUGCAAGAUGAUACAGAUCUCGACCAACGGCAACUGCUGCCUCAACCCUCACAACAGGAUGAGGAACAACAGCAACUGGACUUCAACAGCACUGUCAAAGAUCUUUUGGGGGAAGAUGGCCUCAAUCCUAGCUCACAGUUGGUAGGCCAGGUGGCAUCAGAACUCAGUGCAGUUGCAUCAGACUUCUCGAGUGAAAUUCGUUUGACCUCUGACCUUUCUGGUAGCAUCAAUGAUCUGAACACUUUGGAUCCCAACCUUCUGUUUGACCCAAGUCAACAACAGGACCAAUAUGAAGACACAACACUGGAAGAACUCAAGAAUGACCCAUUGUUUCAGCAGAUAUGCAGUGACACUGUGAACUCUGCUGGAUUUGACUGGCUGGAGAACAAAGACCAGCCAACAGUGGAAAUGUUGGGUUAGUACUGUUUGCUAUUUCUUUCCUGUCAUGGUUGUUGCAGUUUGUCACUAUUUGAGAUUUCUGUUAAUUGUUCAUAUUUUUUGUGACUUUGUUUUUAAUAUACAUUUUAAAAAUGUGAUUAGGAUUUGUCACUGCAGUAACAAACUGGGUGUCUGUCAGUUCAGUGAGAAGCACCAGCCUGACCUGUAGUGAUCUCUUACAGGCUGGUGCUUUUCCCCCAGUGUUAGUCUGUCCCUGUCUCAUCAUCCUCAUUUUCACUGUAAAUCUAUUACAUUUUAAUUGGUACCAAUUGGUACUAAUACUAUUAACUAUGUAUUGCCCUAUUGACUAUAUUCACAAUGUUUUAUAGUUUUUAAUUAAUUUGUCAUUUGAAACAAAUUUUUCACCCCAGUAAUCAUCCAGUGAUGUGGAAUUAAAUGCAAUAUUUUAAUUGAAAGAUAAGAGUUGAUGACUGUCUUGCCUAAGCAGCGGACAGUUACAUGUUUUCUUUGCCACUGCAGGUAUGUUGGUAAAUCCGAUUGCUAAAGAGUUUACUCUUUAUUUUUUCAUUCUUACAUCUUAAAUUUUCAGUCAAAUUUACAAAAGAUUUUAGGUGCUAAUAGGUGCUGAAUAAAAGUAAUUCACAUCUGCCAAAUCACUUUUCAGUCAUUGUUUUGCAUUAUGAAUAGAUAGUAUAAUAUUUAAUAAUAGGCCAUAUUACUUGUACUGUUAAAUGAUUGAUAGAGAAGUCAGAUUUUUGCUAUAUCUACACUGUUUUGAAAAAAGGUGAAUAAAUGAGGGAGUUGGUCUGCCUUAUUUAAACAUCCAAGGCCUUAUGUCAUCUUAAGAAAGGCUUUAAUGUAUGGAAUUAGAGGAAUGAAAAAAAAAAAAACCUUGGUGCACUUCAAAGUAGGAAAAGGAAAAAAAAGCUUGGCUGUUUCAUUGCAAAUUACUGUUUUGAUUUCCAAACACAUUCCUUCAAAUAAUUAUUGUAAACUGUUGUCUUUAAUAAUUUAACAUGUCAGUGGUUCUUCAGAUAAUUUCACAGUUAAAAUCUAGAAAGAUCAUUGUAUUGGAACGGUAUGGUGAUGGAUAGCUAUUCUAUGACUGUUGCUUGUGAUCAAAAGUCAGACCUGGAAUUGUCAUCAAUGAGUUUCAGUCUUAAAUCCAUACCAAAGAGAAGCUGUUGAAGAACAAUAAGUAAUUGAGAUCUAUUAUAUCCAUCUCCAAGUGACAUUCUUUACUAAAGGGAUCUGGUUGGACUCCUUGGUGAAUCGAACAGGGUUUUAUGUACUUGAUUUCCUGGUGGGUUCAUUUGUGUAUAGUAUGUAUAUGGCAAACGUAUCUGAUGUACAGUUAAUUAUGGAUGGGAAGCAUGUUGUCCAACUUCAUUACUUAAUAGCUUCUUAAAAACCUAAAUUGGCUAUUGGUAGAGUCAUAAUAAUGCUACAUUUGUUUUAAAAAAAAAAUGACGGCGGGGGGUAUUGACAGUCAUCAUAAAAUUUUGAAUUUUAUCAAUACACUGUAUUAUGGUGAUGAUUUUUAGAUAUAGCUGAGCGCCCUUGAGAAAAUAAUUACAUUGAUCUAUUAAAUCUAUAGCCAGCACGAUAUGCUGUGUGUUAUGUUUUGGCUUUAUGUGUUGUGUAAGUAAUGCUGUCUGUUUGGUCUCUAGCUUGCUGAUGUGCCAUUUUCCUUGAAAGAAUAUAUUGGUCUCUGCUUUUGCAGAUGUGAUGUGUACAUUCAGAGAGGAAAAAAAUAGCAUGGUUUAUAUAAAAAGAUGAAAAAUGAUAUAUAAAAUGUUCAUUUUAUUGUGACAGUCAAAUAUAUUGCGCAGAGAACCUUGGAGUGGCAGGCACUGGAAAUUCAAUGGUUCAUGAUUUCAGCAAACUUUGGAAGUUCACUUUAUUGCACUAAAAGUUUCCUUUUUUGUAAACCAUGGCUUUGUCAGGCAUUUAAAAUACAAAAUGGAACAAUUGAAGCUGACAAAAAAGGUUCUUUUCAAAGGUAAAUUAUAAAGGGGGAAUUACAUAUAACAUUAGAAAAAAAUAAAAAUGAAUUAUUGCCUUGUGUAGCAAUGUGCACUAAUCUCAAUGAGAUACACAUUUUACUCAUUCUCAUCCAUGAGAAUAAGAAAGAUAAAAGCAAACAAAAUUUAAGAUAGCAUUAUUAAAAGUGAAUAAAAAGAGAACAUGCUUCACUGUUAUUCAAAGAUUGUAUGUGCGCAUGUAUGUUGAACUAUCUAUUGUAGUAAACAUUGUGACCACUCCCUCCACCAAAACUGAGGGCUGGUUGUGUUGACCAGAUAGAAAAGAAAAAAAUGUAGUUCUUCAGAAUAAAAGAUAUAUGUGUGAUGUUUGCUAAGUUAAUAUUGUUCUGUGUGUUUUAGUUCACAACUUUGUUCUCCUCUGUUUUCUUUACCAUGCAUUCAUAUUUUAUUGUUUUGCUUUUUUCCUUUUAUUUAAAUAAUGCCUUUGUGAAGAAAAUUGUAAAUAUUUUUUUUCUAUGUUCUGGCAUUUAUCAAGGCACUGAUUAUUAACUUUUUUAUUUUGAUAAGGAACUUCUAAUCCUUACUGUUUUGAUACACAGAUUCAUCAAACAAGUCCAAUGCUGUAUUUCAGAAUGGUCUCGUAGAAAAAAUGUGUUUAUUCUUUCUGUCUAUUUGAAACAGUAGAGCUGAACCCUUCUCUGUGCUGUUGUCUGGUGUACGCUCAAUGUACAGUAGCUUGUUAAUAUUGCAGAAGCGUUUUAGCGAUGUUCCUUUCUCUUUUUUUCAAUGGAAAGUACUCACAGGUGAGAUUUUUUUAAGUGGUUUUAAAAGCCAAUAAACAUUUUUAAAUAACAA